AUGUCUAGUCCUACCCCACGCCCACCAUUCAGCGCUCUCCCUCUCGAUAAAAACGGUCCUCCAUUAAACGCAUGGGGACUCUAUGGCCCCUCAGAUGAAUUGGGCGCCCUCAACACGCUCACGCCCGCCACCACACUCCUCGCCACCAGUGAAAUCCAAACCGGCGAACGCAUUUCCCUCGACUGGACACUGAACCUACCAUCCCACCCGUCCUUCAACCGGCCCUCCAUUCUCUCACUUACCCUACCACCACCACCACCACCACCACAACCCACCGCUAACACGCGUAAAUCCCAUCCAGAUGGCACCAAGCGCACUGUCAACGACGAUCAUUUGAACAUGAAUACGCAGGGCAGUAGCCAAUGGGACGGCUUCCGUCACUACGGAUAUCAAAAAGCACAACUGUACUACGGUGGGCGCACGCAACAAGAUCUGGAGAGCGGGGAUGUGAUUGGGAUCAAUAGAGUUGUUGAGCGCGGGGGUAUAGUGGGACGAGGCGUUGUGCUUGAUUAUCCGCGGUAUUUGGAGAGCAAGGGGAGGGGGGAGGUGUAUGCGCUGCAGGCUGUCAGUAUCAAAAUUGAGGAAUUGGAGGAGAUGUUGAGUGAGACGGGAGUGGAGGUUAGGGAAGGUGAUAUUCUGUUGCUUCGGACGGGGUUUACGAGAGAUUAUAUAAAGUUGGGUGUGCAGGAGCGGAGGAAAUUGGCAGAGAAGCCGCCGGCUUUUAUUGGGGUGGAGUCCUCCCCCCGCACUCUGUCCUUCCUUUGGAGCCACCCCUUCGCCGCCGUCGCCUCCGACAGCCCUUCCUUCGAAAUGUCCCCUCUCGUCGGCCCCCACACUGCCCCUGGUGGUCUCUGGGCAGGUGAACCCUGGGAACUAGAUUUGCAAGGCGGGGGGCUACUGCAUCAGGUGCUGCUUGCAGGGUGGGGGGUUAUGAUUGGUGAGAUGUGGGAUUUGGAGGCAGUCUGUGAGAGAUGUGCUGGGGAGGGAGCGGGUGGUGGAAAAGGGCGGAAGAGGAGAAGUACGUGUUGGGUUGGUAGCAUGCCUUUGAAGGUACCAGGCGGCGUGGCCAGCCCACCAAAUGCUGUUGCUAUAUUCUAG